AGACAAGACUCGAUCAUUUGGAUCAUCUGACAGAGAGCUAAACAUUUUUACCACAUUUCUACCAACAAGAGCUGCUGAUGAGGUCAUCACAGAGGCUGAAAAAAACAUCAGGCUGCUGGAAAACUGCUGGCAGCCUCCGAUAAAACACCCAGGAAACGAACUCAAAGACCCACAUGUCUCAAAUGAAGAAGAAACUUUGACCAUCCAACAGCUGUUACCAAGGAAGGAGGUCCAGUUCUGACCCGACGGAAGUCAUGCCUCAAUACACUGAAGAUCAGAUGGAACCAGAUAAUCGAUCUGCUCCAACUAAACUGGGCGAACCGGGACCUUCGUGGGUUAAAGAUGAACACCCAGAGCCCCUGCUUAUUAAAGAAGAAAAUGAGGAACCCCAGGCCACAUGGGUUAAAGAGGAGCUUAAGGAGUUAGAGAUGGAACUGAGUGAAAAACAGGAUGAACAAGAACCUCCAUGGGUUAAAGAUGAAGAGCCAGAGCCCCGAAUUAUUAAAGAAGAAAAUGAGGAACUUCAGGUAACAUGUGCUAAAGAGGAACAGGAGGAACCAGAGUUUCCACUGAUUGAAAAACAGCAUGAAACAGGAACUCCAUGGAUUAAAGAAGAGGAUGAACAAGCAUCUCCACCAUUUAAACUAAAGGAGGAACCAGAUUCUUUACAGCUGACUGAAUAUUUACCACAUAGAGAGGACCAGAAGGAUCUGCAUUGCAGUCAGGAGGAAGAACAGCUUCACCACAAGCAAUCCAUCACUUUUAUGGAGACUUUCAGCCAUCAGGAAGUGGAUUUGACUGAAACAGAACCAGGAAUUCAGCAGCAUUCCUUUCAUAUCUCUCCUUUAGUUGAGACACAAGAUCAGCAAGGAAGAUGCUCCACUCUGUCAGAGAAUAACUCUCAAACUGAAAGAAACAAUACUUCUUUCAAAUGUGAUAUUUGUGGAAAAUUUUAUAAGAAUAAAUAUAACUUGAAACAACAUUACAGAGCCCACACUGGGGAGAAACCUUUUCCAUGCAAGACGUGUGGAAAAGGUUUUUUUCGGAGAAGUAGUUUAAACGUUCACAUCAAAACCCACACUGGUAAGAAACCUUUUAUAUGCAAAACAUGUGGGAAAGGUUUCCCUUGUAUUAAUGAUUUAAAUGUUCACAACAGAACCCACACAGGUGAGAAACCUUUUGCAUGCGAGACAUGUGGAAAAUGUUUUUCUCAGAAUAGUCAUUUACACGCUCACAUCAGAACCCACACUGGUGAAAAACCUUUCACAUGCAAAACAUGUGGAAAAGGUUUUGUUUGUAGUAGUGAAUUAAAUGUUCACAACAGAACGCACACCGGUGAGAAACCUUUUACAUGCAAGACGUGCGGAAAAAGUUUCUCUCAGAUAAGUCAUUUAAAUGUUCACAUCAGAACCCACACUGGUGAGAAACCUUUCACAUGCAAGAUAUGUGGAAAAGGUUUUUGUCAUACAGGUGGUCUAAACGUUCACAUCAGAACCCAUACAGGUGAGAAACCAUUUAUAUGCGAGACAUGUGGAAAAAGUUUUGCUGUGAGAAGUUGUUUAAAUGUUCACAUCAAAACCCACACUGGUGAGAAACCUUUUACAUGUGAGAAAUGUGGGAAAAAAUUUUCUCGGAUAAGUCACUUAAACGUUCACAUUGAAACCCACAGUGGGGAGAAACCUUAUAAAUGCAAGAUAUGUGGAAAGAGUUUCUCUCAAAUUGCCAAUUUUAAUCUUCACCUCAAAAAGCACAAGUGUGGGAAAGUUUUUCCGUGUAAGACAUGUAAAAAAAGUUUCUCUCAGAUGAGGCAUUUACAUAACCACAUCAGAACCCACACUGGUGAGAAACCUUUUACAUGCGAGAUGUGUGGGAAGAAUUUUUCUCAGAGUAGUAGUUUAAAUGUUCACAUCAAAACCCACAGUGGUGUAAAACCUUUUCCAUGCAAGACCUGUGGGAAAAGUUUUUCUAAAAAAAGUCGUUUAAGUGAUCACAUCAGAACCCACACUGGUGAAAAACCUUUUUUAUGCAAGACAUGUGGAAAAAGCUUUUCACAUACAAGUAGUCUAAAUAGUCACACAAGAACCCACACUGGUGAGAAACCAUUUUCAUGUCAGACAUGUGGAAGAAGUUUCUCUAGGAGAAGAAAUUUAAAUAUUCACAUUAGAACCCACACUGGUGAGAGACCUUUUACAUGUAAGACUUGUGGGAAAUGUUUUUCUCGAAAUGGUAAUUUAAACACUCAUUUAAGAACCCACACUGGAGAGAAACCUUUUACGUGCAAGACAUGUGGGAAAAGUUUCUCUCAAAAUAGCAGUUUAAAUACUCAUGUAAGAACCCACACUGGAGAGAAACCCUUUAUUAGCAGCACACGUGGAAAAAGUGUUAUGCAGUCUAGUCAUUUCAAUUUUCAAAACCCACACUAGUGAGAAACUUUUAACA